AUGGCCGCCAACACCGAACAACUCGACAGACGGGCGAAGGCGAUCGAGAAGGACCUGUAUAAGCGCGCUGAUGGCGGCUCUUCGUGCGCCGAAUUAGCUGCGGUACUGCAAGAGUACCGCGCCGCCUGCGAGGCCCUUAUCUUCUCCAACUUCGAAUACGCAUCCGCCCGAGAACUCCAGACGACGCUGUGGAAUGCGCAUCUGAAGGUCAACACCAAAUUCAGGCAGGAACAUAAGCUGCUCAAGCGAUCCAAGGACCAUGUUGUCGAGAUCCGCAAGUUCCAAAAGACCUAUCUGCAGUUUAUCAAGGCCAGCCAGCGCUUCUACCGCCAGUACAUACUGAACCUCGACACUCAGUUCGACGGCAUCCCAGAGCUGCGCAAAAUCGCCCAGAAAUGGAAGGAUGAUACCUCCAAGUCCUCCCCGCGCCAGCGCAUCGCCGCGAACCUGAAAACGCAGGUCCUCAUCUCUUGCCACCAGACGCUCAUCCAACUCGGCGACCUUUCCCGCUACCGCGAGACCGAACUCGUCGAGAAGAACAAGGACCGCAAUUGGGGCCCAGCCAAAGGUUACUACGACCUGGCCGCAGAGAUAUACCCAGAUUCCGGACAUGCGCCGAAUCAACUCGCAGUAAUCGCCCGUGAGGACGGCGACCACUUCCGCUGCGUAUACCACCUCUACCGCUCGCUAGCAAGCAAAGAGCCGUACCCGUCGGCCAAGGCCAACCUCGCGACCGAGUUCAAACGCGUCAUAACUGCAUGGGACAAUGGGCAGCUCAUCAACAACCACAAGUCAGCCGACGGUAAUACCGGUCGGGCUUUGAUUGCUUGGUUCAUCAGACUGCACAGCAAGCUCUACAAGGGCGAGGAAUUCGCGGCGCAUGAUGAAUUGGAAGGCGAGGUGCUCAGCCACUUGGCUAUUGAGCUCAAAGAGCGCCCGUUGGACUCCAUCUUGACCAAGAUCAUUCUCAUCAACAUGUCAGCGGAAUACUUUGCGACGGUGCAGUUGCAGAGCGAAAACCCACCCCCGAACAUUAUGCGCACCUAUUUCUACUACCUUCGUCUGAACGUCAAGACAUUCUUCAUUCUACUACAAGUCCUGCAGCCGGAGUUGGACCGUCUUUCUGAGGGCAACGAUGUGAAGCACCAGAAUGGCGACCGCGCGGCCCACCUAUCCGACAAGAUUACAGCUGUGGCUCGCCGCAUUCUCCCAGGACUUCGUCUAUACAGCACCUGGUUCACGCGCUACUGGAAGGUACUCAACGCCAAUAUCGCCGAUACCUUGAACCCUGUCGACGUCCAAGAGCUCUGGAAAGCCUACGCUGCUACCUUGUCUCUCUUGGCCUCGAGCUUUCCCGUCGAUCAACUCCCCCAGGAAGACUACAUGUUGGAGGAGGAUACGGAUACGAUUGGUUUUGAGCCGCUCAUUUCCCCGGAUACCAUGAAGCUCUGGUAUAAGGGGGAUGUAAUGAAGCAGAAGUGGACUGAGCUGGAGCGCAACCACCCCAACGUCGAGAUGCUCAUGCGAGUGAAGGAUUUGCUGAUCGAUGGUCUGCUCCUCACGCAGAUUGACGAUGCACCACUGGACUUGGCGGGCCCGCGAUUUAUCUACCGAGAAGAAGGAUUACCAUCGGAGCUUCUGGCGAGCCCAACGACCCGGCCUGACGGAUCUCCUGUUCUUUCAGUCCAGGCCACCGAUAUACCUCUGUUCAAGCACACAGAGGCGCCUAUUCCAGACGACCAGAAAUCACACUCCGUUGCAGCAGCUUCAGAAUCUGCAUCCACUACGCUUGCUAAGGACAAUGCGAUGCGCAACAUGGUGGAUGAUCUAGUCGGCGACGAGACCGGACUGGACCCUUUAGUUGAAGAAGACGAGAAUAUCCCACCUACACCACCGGAGCAGACAUUCGACGACACGGCCGUUGUCAAUGACAAUACGUUUGUGCCUGGAGCAUUGUCGAUCAACGACUUGGUCAACUCGGUUAGGAACUACAAGCCCUUGUCUCCUGCUCCCAUGCCAGCAAUGCUUUCCACGCCGAUGGGUAGGUCGGGUUCUACGUCUUCCAUCCGUCAGCCACCAAAUCUACCUUCUGUGCCAGAUGGUCAGUGGAACUCCAACUCCAUCUGGAAUCGUACGCCCGGUCCGGCUUCCCCAUCUAUGCUAAACACCAAUGGCCUUGGCAACGAUCUCCGUCGACCUUCAAUGAAUGAUAAACCCCGGAUGUCUGGUCAUGUGCGAGGGGAUUCAGCGAACUCGCUCCUGAGUGUCGAGACUGGUACUCCAACUGCUACUAGAGCUCCCAGUGGUAUCGGCAGUGGCGCUGCGUGGGGAAAUCACGUCAGCAGCCCCUCGAACUGGGGAUCGCCAUAUGGCAGCGACAUGAACAACAACCACCAGUAUGGAUACGCGAAUGGAGCAAACAUGGCGAGCCCGCUUCUGUUCAGCUCCUACCGGGGCAAUGCCGAGAGCUCCUGGGGGCGAACUCCUCCCAACGGCCAAGGCGGCUGA